CGCCCUGCCCCGCUGUCGCUGCCCUGGGGCGUCUCAACAGAGACUGGGCGUGCGAUUCCACCAUCACCUAAGCCCUCUUGCUGCUGCCCAGGGCCGAGAGUGUACAUACUUGGCACAUAAAGACCCGUCCCUGCUGGCUGAAGGAGCGGGAAGAAGUGAAGAAAAUGGAUCCAAAUUAGCUUCGUCCUACUCCCAGAUACCUGUCUGCUAUAGAGCAAAUGAGCACGGCAGUGAGGUUGAAGAGAGCUCGGAGGACUGUUCGUCAGACUUCAGAGAAGUGCUAGAUUGCCAGAACCUUUAGGAUGUGGGCAGAAGAUUCACAGUGGGGGUAAAGAAAUGUGAGAUGGUAUCAGCACUGGAAUAGUCACUGCUGGGAGGUUUUUAGAACAGCCAUUCUUAGACUUGUCAUGGAAUUAAAGAAAACUACCUCCAGGACGUACAGUGCUGCUCUCCUGCUGCCACUUUUCCUCUUAUUUUGGGGAACUUCAUCCUCUGACAAUGAUAGCAGAUGUUCCUCAUCCCCAUGUCAAAAUGGUGGGAGCUGUAAAGAUUUGGAAAUGGGUUAUGAAUGCACCUGCCCCUCGGAGCCUGUAGCCUACACUGGCAUAAACUGUGAACUUCUCUAUGAUGCAUGUGUUAAACCCAAGUGUCUUGCCCCUAGGAUUUGCAACGCAACUCCAGGACUCCUGGAAUAUGAAUGCAUCUGUAUGCCUGGCUUCACAGGUAUUGAUUGUAACAUUAAUAUUAAUGAGUGUGAGAGCAACCCUUGUAAAGAGCCUCAUUUUGAAUGUGUAGAUAGUGUAAAUGGAUACACCUGUAAAUGCCAAACAGGACUGAAUGGAGAAGGCUGCCAAACAGAAAGCCCUGUGUGCUCUAGCCACCCCUGCCUAAAUAACGGGACAUGUGUCGAGGGUCCUGGGGACUAUUCCUGCAUCUGCCAGCCUGGCUUCACCGGGGCCAACUGCAGAGACAACAUUGAUGAGUGCGCCUCGAACCCCUGCCAGAAUGGAGCCAUCUGCCGCGACAGGGUGGAUGAGUAUAGCUGUUUCUGUGUGCCGGGGUUCCAAGGAUACAACUGUGAAAUAGACAUCAACGAGUGCGCGUCCCGGCCCUGUAGAAACAAUGGCACCUGCCUGAAUGAGAUGGAUCACUAUGUGUGCCAGUGCGUCCCCGGCUACACAGGUGUGAACUGCGAUGCUGAAAUAGAUGAAUGUGAUUCAGACCCAUGCCAGAAUGGGGCUUCGUGCAAUGAUCAUGUUGGGUUCUACACCUGCACCUGCAUACCAGGAUACCAAGGGAUCCACUGCGAGGUGGACAUUGAUGAAUGUGUGAGCCUGCCAUGCCAGCACAAUGGGAUGUGUCGUGACCUCAUCAACAGCUACCAUUGUGAUUGCAGUGACACAGGCUUCGAGGGCAACCACUGUGAGGUGGAUAUCCUGGAGUGUGCCUCUGAACCCUGUCUGAACAAUGCCACGUGUGUGGAGGGAAUCAAAAACUACAGCUGUGCCUGUUGGCCAGGUUACACAGGGCAGCACUGUGAAGAGGAUGUGGAUGAGUGUGCAACAGAUCCCUGUCACAACGGAGGUGUAUGCUUUCAGCGGUCCAACCAAACCUAUUAUGGAACACUACCUGACUUCCCCAGUACUUUCAGCUAUAGCCAAGCAGCUGGUUUUCUCUGUUCGUGCCAGCCAGGCUUUGCAGGGGAGACAUGCUUUACUAACAUUGAUGAGUGCAAGUCCCAGCCGUGUCAGAAUGGAGGGAGCUGCGUGGACCUUACUAACGGCUUCGUUUGUCGUUGCCUGCCAGGUUAUUCAGGUGUGGAAUGUGCUGUUAACAUCAAUGAGUGUGAGGAGGGUCCCUGCAAGAAUGGAGCUGUCUGUGAGGAUGGCAUUGCUGACUAUACCUGCCACUGUGCCCCUAGCCAGGAUGGCAUUAUCUGGGGAGGGAAGAACUGCUCUGUGAAGCUCACUGGGUGCCAGACGCACGACUGCCAAAAUGAGGCCUUGUGCAUCCCAACCUACCAAGCUGAGAGCCAUGGCCACCUGUGCCAGUGCCAGCCUGGUUUCUAUGAUGCCACAUGCUCAACACCAACAACGUUUUCCUUUGCUUCCAGAGGGUAUCUCCUCAUUGAGCUGCCCGAGAACAAUGAGAGCAGGAGGGACGUAGCAGGAGAUCAGCUUGCCAGUGUGUCCCUCCGGUUCCGAACCACCUUGCCCAGCGCUAUCCUUUUUUACCGAGGCCAUGAAGCUGAAUACUUGUUCCUGGAGCUCCUGGAUGGCAUUCUGCGUGCAGGACUGAAGAGGGAUGAUGCUGGGUACACGCUGCUCCUGGAAGGGCUGAGAGUUGAUGAUGGCCAGUGGCAUAAAGUUGAAAUUGUUCUACACGACACUGUGCAGCUAAAGCUCUGGCAUGAGUCUUGUGAUGCAGGCGUCUGCCAGCAGAGCUCUCCUGUCCCCAGUGACACUGCUUUGAUCCCACAUGCCUUCCUGAAUGUGUACCUUGGAGGUGCUGGUGAGCCAAUGGCAAACAACACACACAGCCAACAAGGCUUUGUCGGCUGCCUGGAAGACCUUCAGGUAGAUGCUGAAACUGUGCUUCCCGAGGAUCUACCCAUGGGCAAGUCCUCCCCAGUGCAGCGGGGGUGUGACCGGACAGAGUGGUGCCUCUCCCAGCCCUGCUUUCAUGGAGGGCUCUGUGUGGACCUUUGGGCAACCUUCAGGUGUGACUGCUCCAGGCCUUAUGGAGGUCCAGCUUGCACAUAUGAGCGCCCAGCAGCAACAUUUGGCCUAGAGAACUCCACCAGCUUUGCCUCUUUCACCCUUUCUGAUAGCCUUGGUGCAGACUUCAACAUUUCCUUUUUCAUUCGUAGUAGGAAACCUGAUGGCUUGCUAUUGCAGAUCAGCAAUGAAAGCCACCCCUGCCUCACCAUCUACUUGAAGAAUGGCAAGCUGGCGGUAGAGAUGGUAUCUACAGGUGCUGUCACGUUUCCAGAAAAUUUGGUGGAUGGGAAAAGACAUUUGGUAGCUCUGUCUUUCCAAGGAGCAAUUGUUCGUGCUCACCAAUCAGACAUGUACCUGGAGCUAGGACAGCUCCUAGCAAGACCUCUUUUGGCUGGUUAUGAAGUGUACAUUGGUGGGCAUCCCAACCCAGACAGCACUGAUAUGUGGGGAGGCUAUUUCAAAGGCUGUUUGCAGGACAUCCAGCUGAACAGCCACCACGUAGAGUUGUUUCAGGUGGAGAACUACAGUCUGCCACAGGAACUCAACAGGACUCUAAAUGAUAAUCUUGUGAAGGGCUGCAUCUCUGAUGACACCUGCAAGUCUGAACCAUGUCAGAAUGGUGGCAAAUGCAUUGUCACUUGGAAUGAUUUCCAUUGCAGCUGUCCAGCAAAUUUCACUGGAAAAUUCUGUGAGGAGAGAGUUUGGUGUGAAAGUGACCCAUGUCCUGAAGCUACCACCUGUAUAAAUGUUCCAGCAGGAUAUGUGUGUCUGGCUAACGCAACAUUUAAUAGUUACACUGCUGUUGAAUUCACUACCAACAUGUCAGUGACUCGAACUCUGAGCAGCCUCCACAUGGACUUCAGGACCAGGGAUGAAGAUGCUGUUCUGCUUCAGGCUGUGGAAGAAGUGGAUUCCCUCCAGAUAGCCAUUAAGAACUCCUCCCUGCUCAUUGACAUCAGGAGUGGGAAUAGCAUUGAAGGUGUCAGCUUCCUGAGUCCGAAGUCGGUGACGGAUGGUGCCUGGCACACCAUCUCUGUGUUUAUGGAGGAGCCAUCUGCACUGUCUUCCAGGUGGCUGUUUCAGUUGGAUGGGUCUGUUAAUACGACUCUGCAGGGAAAUGCUGGGAACUUAGACUUCCUGAAGAACAAUGCACUGAUAGUUGUAGCUGAAAAUUACAGUGGCUGCCUUGGACAAGUGAACAUAGGGGGGAUCUACUUGCCAUUCACUGCCCACCACUCGUACCCCCAGCCAGAACAGUUCCAGCAGUCCAGCAGCAGAACCAUACUGCUAGGCUGCUCUGGGGCUGAUGUUUGUGCUUCCAGCCCAUGCCUCAAUGCUGGAACCUGUGAGGACCUGUUCAAUUCCUUCAGCUGUGCCUGCAGUACUGGCUGGGGUGGGCUGCUCUGCGAGUCCAACAUUGAUGACUGCCAGUCAAACCCAUGUGUUCACGGGGACUGUGUUGACGCAGUGGCAGAUUUCCAGUGUGAGUGCUUCAGGGGCUUCAUUGGGAAGCGCUGCGACAUCAACGUCGAUGACUGCAUCCGGCACCAGUGCCGCAACGGAGCUACCUGUGUCGAUGGGGUUUAUGGCUACUCCUGCAAGUGCCCUCCUCAGUUUUCAGGACCUCGCUGCGAAUGGCCGUUCCCACCUGAACAGUGUGGUAAGAACUUCACCUGCUUGAAUGGUGGCAAGUGUGUCACAGAGAGCUGGGGAGCCAACUGCAGUUGCAAGCCAGGAUUCACAGGACGGAAUUGUCAAAUCAACAUGAACAAGUGUGACCCAAACCCUUGCCAGAACGGAGGCACGUGCCAAGGCUCUGAGAACAAGUACGAGUGUUUGUGCAGUGCCAGCUACACAGGAGAGCGCUGCCACAUUAACCAGCCAGUCUGGGCACAUCUUAGCAACUCCUCUGUGGUGGGAGCAGUCGGGACCGCAGGGGCUGCCCUUCUGCUUGCACUUGUUGCAGCCACAGCACUUGCCAUGAAGAGGAGGAGAGCAACUCAGGGAACCUACAGCCCAAGCCGCCAAGAAAAAGAUGGGGCUCGAGUGGAAAUGUGGAAUGUAAUCAAGAUGCCACCAACCGAGCGACUGAUCUAAGACUGGGGGUCACACAACAAGUGCUGUGUCAUCCUAUAACAACCAUGCAACUGCUGCAGCAUCUCCAUCUUAGGUCUUGAUGUGUUGUAGGACAGGUCUGUACUGCUUUAAGCUACUUCAUGGGCUACAAGCAACUGCCUGCUCUUCCUUGGCUUGGUUACUGCAGCUCUUUACAGAGCAGAUUUGUACAAAAUCGGUCUGCAACAAGACACUCGUACCAAAUCUCUUCCUAAGACCAGACUAAAGCACAGGACUACUCUAAGUGCCUUUCUGAGACUGAGUUGCCAGUUACAGCAUUAACUUUCUUGAAAGGAGAUUGUGUGUAUGUAGAAAACCUGAUCCCACUCUUUGAUCAGAUCUUACAGCAAGGCUAAUGUGAGCAGCUGGAUGUUCCUUCCCAGCUGCUGGCAGCUCCACACAGCAUAGGCUGGCUCAUGGCCAGGAGCAUCACCACAGAAGACACUUUAGCAAGACAGUCAGUGUUUGAACAUCAGGUAGUACUUGCCUGUGUGAGGAGGGCAGGAGGUACUGUCCUCUUGGCACAGAUGGGUGUGGGCUCGUCAGUAGAGAAGAGUGACAUUCAGCUAACUGCUGUAACUAAUGAACACAGCCCUCGCUCUCCAUGCUGCCCUAAACCAGGUCUUUGUUCUGUGGCUUUACUGUUACUGUUGUAGCUGUUGAGUGUGCCAGUCCUUCCUUAGUGUAACAUGGCAAAGCCUGUGGAAAGAAAUGCAGCACAGCAGGCCCAGUAAGAUCUCAGAUUAUUGGCAUUUCAGGGUGUCUGCUACCACUGUCAAUGAGAAACAGUUUAGAAAACAGUGUCUGCUGUUUACUCUCCAAACUACUGUUGGUAAGCAGGAUGUGACUGCCCACCACAUCUAAUCCCACUGGAAGAAAGUACUGCUCUCUCUUGCUUCUGGAUUAUUUUUUUACUGUAGCUGUACAUUCUCUGUAGUUCUAAGCAAAGAGAGGUUUAGAACUACUGACCAUGUCUGUCUGCUUAAGAUUGCUUAUGCAGGCAAUUGCUGAUGUUAGACAAAGAAUGAAAAAUUAAGAAAACAGGAAAGCCCAACCGAGAGACAAGACAGUAUGUUGUAAGGGGAGUCCUAACACUGGGGAAAUGGUGAAAGAGCAGCACCCUGGCUGUGGUUUGGGAGGGGUAGGACAUAGUACUGGUAGAGAAAGGCAUGGGCUAACUUCACCUUGCUGAAGCUUUUAUUUAUUUAUUAGCAAUUACACUGCUGUUACUUCUAAUAGGAAUGACUUGCUCUGGGUGUUUUCCAGCUGCUAUGUAGCAAGGUCUAAUCCAUGCUCCGAGCAGAGACAGUCACCUGGCUGUCCUCUCGCUGCAGCAGACCUGAUUAAACUGCUCACCUCAGGAAAGAGGAAGAGUGUGGUUUCGCUCAGCAGCAUUUGUGCAACAGGAGAAUCGCCACACUGAGCAAGGAAGCGCUUCUCGAGGAGAACAGAGCUGAGGGCAGGCCCCAGGCACUGUCUCUGUAGAAACAUUCACCUUUGGUCCUAGUCUGUCCCUGUCUUAAGGCUGGGGUUAUCUCCUGGUGAGAAAGGACCCCGGGUCCCUGGAUAGCAAGAGUGGGCUGAUCAACACACUGUGGCAGAGCAUCCUGUCAGUGCCUGCUCUGUAGCCUUCACCUCACUGCAAAGGUUUGCUUCAUCCCAUAGUGACUCCAAACAAACCUGCAACAAGCUUAGGAUGUGUUUUGGGUUUCUGAAAAUUCAGCCCUGAUUAACUGCCUAGUUGAUGCCAGAACAGGUGAGAACUUCUACAGUUUUCGUUUUACUCCCUUUUUUUGGUGUGGAAGUUGUAGAAAAAUGAGACAGCAAAACAGGAUCUGAACGACCCAAAAACUCUGUAGCCUGUGUUAGUUUGAGAGAAAACCCAGAACUGUGUUGUAAGAACUAGUACAAAGCUACUGAAGUAUCCUGAAGGGCACCAAGAAGCUACAACCCACACUCCCCCCCCAGCAGGAGAUCUCUAAAAACCAGCAUGCGGCGAGCAGUAUCUGCAGCCCUGGGCAGGCAGCAGGAAGUCUGCUCAGUUGCAUUCCAGGAUUAGCAGAGCAGAUGUAUUCAUUUGAAGCACCCAAAGCCAGUACUAGCAAGAAUGUUACAAUACUUUGUCAGUGCAUUUCUGCAACAUAAUUUAUGAAAGUUUUUGGUUUUCAAUAAUGAACUUAACUUGCUUUUGAUAUUUAAUUUUUGAAUAUAUUUUUUCACAAAACUGGAUUUGCUGUAGUUAAUGAUCAUGAUUCUGAUCUCUUUUGUAACUGUAAAUUUUAUAAUUUGUAAAUAAUUAGAAUGUCCCUCGGAAGGUAUUUACAAUAAAAUUUGGUUAAAAAUAAA